GCUUCGAUCAAGCAGGCGCCGAUGCUCGAGUCAAGCCGAGGCUGGGGGGAAAAGUCUCACGACCUCCUCGACCAACUGUCGCGUCAAAUGGCCGUCACUGCACCCCGGUUAGCGUGCUGCUCACAAGCAACGCUGUCAUCGCUCUGGAGCGCGACUGUGCAGACGGCAUGCUGGACGCUGCCGAGCCGAAGGCGAACAUCCACGUUCACAAGGCGGUAUGCGCCCUCGAGGUCUCCGACCAGCUUGCCGCCGCCGACGAUAACAUUCGUCAAGCUGCACUGCCGCACUGUCCUGCAGCUACGUCGCCGCAUCAAGGCUGCUCGCAACAUGCAUUCACCGUCGACUCGUCCUGCAACAUCGUCGCCCACAUCUUAGCCCUCAGCCUUCGCGCCGUCGAGCUGCUGAACGAGAAAGUGCACAUCGCGCCGUUCUGGCCCCCCAUGGAUUCCGAGGCACGGUCGCCCGAGCUCGACCCGCAACCUCUCGAUGCGGACGAGAACAGCGGAGACGCGCGACCGCCUCCGACCGCGGAUCCAGAUGGAGAUGGCGCGCCGCACAUUGCUGAGCAAGGCGAUCAAAAAGGCCCCGACCGCGCGCUCGCACGGGCUACCGGCCCAGCGUCGCCCGCGAUCGAGCCCGCGCCGGACGCCCCAGCUUAUGGCGGUCGGCGCUUCCUGCUGUGUCGCGGAGUAGAAGCAGCGAGGGGACGCUUCGCCGUCGCUCACGUCGGCUGCAUCGUCUCGGGGCCGGCACUCAUCUCUAGCGAGCCGCCGGCGUGGUGUCCCAGUCUGUCGUACCGAGAGACAGAGGAUGUGAUAGCUGCGGGUGGGCGGCUUGGGGCCAACGGGCGCUGCGCCUUGCCAGGUCACGAGCCGUGCAUCGCGAAGUACGAUCGAGAUGCGGGCGAGGCGUACAUGGGUGAUGCCACGCUGUUAGCGAUGGCGGGACUGGAGGACGGGCCCGCGCGCGAGGCAGUUGUGGUGCGACAGUUGCCACCGCAUGUGCUCGCAGAGUCUGUCGCUCCACUGCUGGGAGUUUUCCGCGGCGGCAAGACCUUCUUCGCCUUCGCUGACGCCGGCUGCUCUGUGAGUAAGACGGCGAUGCAUUUGCCGCUGCUAUGCUCAGUGUCGUCCCAACAGCUUGCCGUUGAAGAUCUGCUGGAUGUGCUGGGAUUUACCUGCUCCGAGGCACGUCAACUCGUCACAGAGGUGCAGCGGUGCUUCGCAGCGCUGCAUCAAAGCGGCUGGUGCCAUGGCGAUGUCGCUCUCCGCAACAUUUGCGUGCGCAUCAACGACCUCAAACCGGCGCCACUUCAUGACGCAGACUCGACGCGCGUACGAGCAUCAACGCCGCGCAACGCUCCGGCAGCUAAACGGUCGGGACAGCAUCAGGUCGGGAAGCUGUUGACGCCUCCGACCUGUCCUAGCUUCAGCGGCUCUGCAUCUCCCGCGAAGCACGGCGUCAACCCGCGAGACGUAACUGUCACGCCUCCGUCCACCAUCUCGAGCAGAUCUGCGCGGAGCAGCGGCAGCGAAUCCUCCUCGAGCGGCGGAGUCAGUCGCAAGCCUAUCGUUCGCCUCGUGGACCUCGCUCGGGCCAAAUGCUACAGCGAUGCAGAGCUGCCGCAGCACGUCGCCGAAGAGGACAUGCUCGUUGAGGGCCUGUUGAGCAGCCUGUGGAAGGAGCUGGGCACGGCGCACCAGAGACUUCAUCCUGAAGCGCAGUGGCCGUCGAGGUGGGAGGAGCAGCUCUAAUCAGAUGACAUUGAUCGUGCGCGUGCUGGUGCCGGCGCCUGGUCGAGCCGCCCGCGCGUCCAGAAUGCUCUCCUCACGCUCUCUCACGGCGCGAAGGCGCUCCUCGUCGACGGUGCGCUCGACUUCAGCCGACAGGCGAGCGCGCUCUUGCGCCAUGUCGUGUCGGAGUGUCUCGUGCGAGCUGUCGCGCCAAGCGGCGGCGUAGAACGCGGCCUUUCUGAGCGUCUCGGGUAUUGCCUGCGCAAUGUCGGAGAAGACGAGCUCGACGCGAGACGGUCCUUCGCUGCUCACUCCCGGAAACAGCAACGCCUGAGCGCCGUCGAUGAGGGAGAGG